ACAGGGAAGUUUUUUAGUCUGCACACCUGCAGGUCUAAACAGAUAGAUCUACGCAUUGCCGCAGUAAUUGGCAUAUCGAGAGCAGAAUUGUUGAUAUUACUAACUAAUCAACAGGAUUGUCAAAUUCAGCCGAACUUUUUACUUUAAUGUGUGAUCAAACUUUUAAAAUGUCAGCAGGAAAGUGACAGAUUUAUCAGCAAAGCUAGAGGGAAGUUCAUCAUGUGAUUGUGAAUUCUAGGGCUGGAGAAAUAUUGACAAAGUCAGUGAUUAUUCGAAGGUGUGGAACGGAAAACUUGGAUUCGUCAUCACAGUAACCCUGUGACAUCAAUAAUCGUGAGGUACUAAGUUAUUUCAUAUUAUUUUUCACAUUACUAAAAGUUUAACGAACAUAUAUACUACUGGAUGGGACAUUAGAGUCAAGUUUUCAUUUCUUUACAAAACAAACUCUAAUUUGUGAGUAUUUACCGAUAAUAGUAUAUAUUUAUACAAGAACAACAAACAUCUUCAAGAUUUCAACAAAUAUUUUAGAUUUUUAUUGAAAUGGCAACCGCUAUAAGCCAAAUACCUCUCCGUAUUAAAGGUCAAACAACAUGUAUACACCACAGGGGAAGACAGCUAGACUUGUAUUGUGAAAAAUGUCAGGAACUGGUUUGUCUAAAAUGCCUCUCUUCUACUCACAAAAGCCAUCCAGUUAGUGAGCUAAGUGAAAUCACUCCCCAGAAAGAAACAGACAUUAAAAACUUUAUAGACAGAACAGAAAAAAAUGACCUUGUGCAAAUUGAGAAAUACAUAGCGUCUACUGAUACUCUCCUUAAAGACAACACCAGUACUUUUGAGAAGCUGUCACAAAAGUUAAAAAUGCAAACAGAUCAGUUAAAACAACAGCUGGACAUGCUUACAGAACAGACACUCUCCCUUUAUCGCAAAAUGGAAGAGGAUAAUACAAACCUCAUAAAGAAAUACAAACAGGACCUGGAGAUGUACGAGAAACAACUCAAACAACAAAUUCAGGAAUGUAAAGCAGCUCUCCAGCGUGGUUCACACUUACAGAUUUAUGAUACAUAUUGUGAGAUCCAUUCUCCUACACAAAGUCUCCCUGUAAAACCUGUCCUGGGUACUGCCAACUUCACACCAAACGAAAAUCCUCAAGAUCACCUGAAAGAAGCCUUCGGAAAGGUUAUCACCUCAGGUCAAGGUCAAAUUCUAACUGACCAGGAUCGGUCAGUCAAAACAUCACAUGAUCUGGGACAAACAUCUUCACAACAACAACAGUCAGGAGCAAAAGUGAAGAAAGCAGUGAAAACAUACAAACUACUGCCAAUGACCAAGGUAGUGGAGGAGUGGGAGUCUCCAUGUGGCAUAUAUUCUAUAUGUUCCACCACUGAUGGUCAGGUGUGGACCCAGUACAGUGACACAUUAACUCUCCUGGACAGGAAGGGUAAAGUAAUACAGGAGGUCAGACACAGUGCCGGGGUCAAUGACAUCAGUCUGUCACUCACCACACACACACUGUGGGUUUGUGAUAAACAAAACAACAUCAUGGAGCUGGUAUCAGGACGCCUGACACACAGAUUCAGAACCAAGGAGUUUCCCAAGUGUAUAUGUGUUACAGCCAGUAACCAUGUCAUUGUAGGGAUGGCCAAACACAUCUCCAAAUUUACCACAGAUGGUAAAAUGGUGUGUACUACAAUGGCUAAAGGGACUGGGAAACCAUUAGUGUGUUCACCACACAGGAUCUCAGAGUGUCCUGUCACUCACACCCUGGCAGUCGUUGAUUUCAGUAGUGAAAGUGAUGGUGGUGAUGGAAACCAACAUGUUGUUGUGAUGGACACUGAUUUCAAGGAGCUGUUUGUAUAUAGAGGUGACAUCCCCAGUACAUAUAAACCAACACCACAAACAGAAAGUGAACCAUUUUACCCCUGGGGUGUGGUGUAUGACAGUGUGGGGAACCUGAUCAUAGGGGACUAUAACAACUACAGGGUCCUACUCAUCAGUGGAGGUGGUGAGUUCCUCAGGGUCAUACACACAGACACAGACUGUACAUGGGCUGUAGGUGUAGACAGGGAGGAUGUCCUGUGGGCAGUGUUUGGGUGUAUCAAUGUCAAACUACUACAGUACAGCAGUGUGUGACACCUGUAACCAAACAACUAGUAUAUCUAGUUACCAUGACAGUGACAUGGAAAUCAGAGACAAAGGAAACGUAUCACGAUUACAAAUCAACUACAGAUUGUGUGUCAUUCACAG